AUGGGGGAAUGGACAAUUCUCGAGCGUCUCCUGGAGGCGGCUGUCCAGCAGCACUCUACUAUGAUCGGCAGGAUCCUACUGACAGUAGUUGUGAUCUUCCGGAUCCUAAUCGUGGCGAUAGUGGGCGAGACGGUGUACGAUGACGAGCAGUCCAUGUUUGUGUGUAAUACAUUACAGCCGGGCUGUAACCAAGCAUGUUAUGACAAAGCAUUCCCUAUAUCUCACAUCAGAUACUGGGUGUUCCAGAUUAUCAUGGUGUGUACCCCGAGUCUUUGCUUCAUCACAUACUCGGUACAUCAGUCCGCCAAACAGAAGGAGCAGCGAUACUCUACAGUCUACCUCUCCUUAGAUAAAGAUCCCGAUUCAAUGAAACGAGACAAUAGCAAAAAGAUCAAAAACACCAUUGUGAAUGGAGUACUUCAGAACACGGAAAACUCCACCAAAGAAUCCAAGCCAGACUGUUUGGAAGUGAAAGAGAUCCCAAAUUCAAUUAUGAGAACUACAAAAUCUAAAAUGAGAAGACAAGAGGGCAUCUCAAGGUUUUACAUAAUUCAGGUGGUUUUCAGGAACGCUCUGGAGAUUGGCUUCUUGGUGGGUCAGUAUUUCUUGUACGGAUUCAACGUGCCAGCGGUGUAUGAGUGCGAUCGAUACCCUUGCAUCAAAGACAUCGAGUGCUACGUUUCCAGACCCACAGAGAAAACUGUGUUCCUUGUCUUUAUGUUUGCAGUCAGUGGACUUUGUGUGGUGCUUAACCUAGCGGAGCUCAACCACCUGGGCUGGAGGAAAAUUAAAACGGCGGUAAGGGGGGUGCAGGCCAGAAGAAAGUCCAUAUAUGAGAUUAGAAAUAAAGAUUUGCCGAGGAUGAGUAUGCCGAACUUCGGUCGGACCCAGUCAAGUGACUCUGCCUAUGUCUAA